UAUCAAAAUGGGCUGUUUUCUCAAACCUGCUCCCCCCUAGACAGCACCGGCUCCCCACUAUAAAAUGAUCAUGAUUGCAGCCUUGUCAUUCCACUCCUAAGGAACGAACUAUUAAUACCACCGUAAGCUUGAGUGCAGAGAAACAUCAAUGGAAUUAAGGGCUUCUUUUCUUGGACAUCAACUGCCUCCUGGGUUCCGAUUCCACCCUACUGAUCAGGAACUCAUUAUUCAUUAUCUGAAGAGAAAAGUCACCUCUUCUCUUGCACCAUCUGCAUCAAUAAUUGCUGACAUCGACCUCUACAAAUUCAACCCAUGGGAUCUGCCUGCUUCUAAUGUUCAUCGCCUAAAGUUGUUUCCUGAUGCAUGUGGAGUUUUUUAUCUUGCCUGUCAACCAGGCAAAGCUUUCUUCGGUGAAGGGGAAUGGUUUUUCUUCAGCCCGAGGGAUAGAAAAUAUCCAAACGGAGCUCGUCCAAAUAGGGCUGCUGGAGCUGGCUACUGGAAAGCAACCGGGACGGACAAGCCGAUCCUUGCUACAGGAAGUUCACAGUGCCUCGGUGUGAAGAAAGCCCUUGUCUUCUACAAAGGCAGGCCACCAAAGGGCAUUAAGACAGACUGGGUGAUGCAUGAGUACAGACUUCUUGACACAACUUCAACUAGCAUUCAGAAAAACAAGACUUCCAUGAGAUUGGAUGAUUGGGUUCUUUGCCGAGUUAGACACAAGAAUGCAGCCAUGCCAUUGCAAGUGGAAGAAGAAAAUAUAAUCUCGAAAACUUGUUGUAAUAAGAUACCAAACCAUCAUCUAGAGAAGCAAGGAAUGAAAAGGGUGAGGAGUGGCUUGCUUGAAGAGACUGAUUACCAAUUACUUGCGCACCUUUUAGGAGUAGGGUCCAAUGAUGAAUUGACAGGCAGCAAUAGCAACUGCGUAAGCUCAGAUGUGGGUUCCACUCAAAUUUAUCAACAAGAAAAUACCAGUUAUGGAGCUGAGGAGGGUCAGCCUCUUACUCAGGUUCUUGACUCCAUCAAAAGAAAGCUUUCUUUUGGUGCUUUGGAUGAGUUCUUGAUGUUAACACCAAAUAAGCGAUUCAACAAUUAUAGUAGUGAAUCAGACCAGUUCUCACCGGCUCAGUCGGAUUCUGUUGAUCAAGAAUUUCCGAACUUCUUGAUCUGAUUUUGGCAUUAUAUAAGUAAUUCUUCAUAUAUUACGCUCAUAUUUACUGUUUAGCUAUUAUUUAAGAACAUAGUGACACAUAUUCUAGUUAUAAAUAAUGUCAACCAGAUAAUGGUUUGAGUGCUCUUGUGGAAUGUAAAUUAUAAGAGUUUGGAUUAAGUUUUUAAUA